UUCCCCUCUUUCUCUACCUCUCUCUCUCUCUGUCUCUCCUCUAUGCUGUUCAUGAAGAAGUAAGGCGGCUUCUCCACAUGGUACUAGCCUAGUUUUCCGGGACUCUUUCGGUACGGUUGCGGGAUUGCAUGGAUGGCGGGGGUUUGGUUGUUGGCUGGCUGGCUGGCUGGCUUGCUUGCUUCGAGGACUCACCCAUCCCUUUUCUUGCUCUUUCCUUCCUCUUUCUUGGUGCUGCGAGUGUAGAUAGAGGAUUCAAUGUGCAUGCAGUUUAUAGCACUUUCUGCUUUGUGGGUGCAGGUGCUGCCGAUGUGUGAUGCCAGUGAGUUGGUGAGGUUUUGCAAUGAAGGACCACACUGUAUUCCGGCAAAGGCUUACGGUCAACAUGGCAGCACAGCAACCUGGCACCAAACACAAGCCAGUCCAGCAGAUACCUACCCAAGCAACAAACCCGAACCCGCGUAUACAAUAAGUCAGACAGUCAGUCCUCUUCCCCCAACAGCAGCCCGCGAGUCGAACCCGCGUACUAAAUACUAUACACUACACACUACUUACGAGUUACGGCAAGGCUGCUCCUCCGGCCGCCACCACCACCACCACCACAGCCGCCGGCUCCGCAUCCUACACGCACGCACGCACGCAGCUGCUACACCGCAGCGCCCACGUGUGCAUGUGCGUGUGCGUGUGCGUGCGCGCGCGCUUCUCCACGCAGGUCUGGCGCUUGACGCCCGAUGGCUGGCAUGCUGCAGCAGCAGAUUCAGCCACAGCCUCAGCAUAGGGCACAGGGCCUUGGAGCGCAGAUUCCUCCGAUUGGGCCGUUCGUGCUUGGUGCUUGGUGCUUGGUGCUUGGUGCUGUAAGCAACUAGUGGGCGUGGUUGUUGGUCGGUUUUAUGUGCUGGAAAAAGAGGGGGGUUGUGGGAGUGGUGAAGAGAGUGAGAAGGGCGGAUAGAGAGAGGAAAUGGUCAA